AUGCUGGAUAAGACCACCCGUCACUGUGACUCUUCUCUGUGUCACUGUGACAUCAUGCUGGAUAAGACCACCCGCCACUGUGACUCUUCUCUGUGUCACUGUGACAUCAUGCUGGAUAAGACCACCCGCCACUGUGACUCUUCUCUGUGUCACUGUGACAUCAUGCUGGAUAGGACCACUCGCCACUGUGACUCUUCUCUGUGUCACUGUGACAUGCUGGAUAGGACCACUCGCCACUGUGACUCUUCUCUGUGUCACUGUGACAUGCUGGAUAAGACCACUCGCCACUGUGACUCUUCUCUGUGUCACUGUGACAUGCUGGAUAGGACCACUCGCCACUGUGACUCUUCUCUGUGUCACUGUGUGACACACUGA